AUGUAUGUGGGUUAUCUCUUGGAUAAAGAAGCCAGCAUGUAUCCGGGAUCUGCAAGGUGCAACAAUAACAACCUGCCAGUGCAAAACUUUGUCUCUACGCCACCCUACUCAGAUUAUAUGGGAUAUCAUCAUGUGCCAAGUAUGGACAACCAUGGACAGACUUCAGGAACCUGGGGAUCUCACUAUGGUCCACAAAGAGAGGAUUGGAAUGCCUAUGGGCCCGGACCCUCCAGCACAGUUACUGCUGCACAGAUCAAUGGCUCCUCUCCUGGGCAGGUCUCCUACAGUUCUACUGAUUACAACUCUCUCCAUCCUACUGGAUCUGUGGUUUUACCUCCUGUAGAUACAAUUAACACGGAGCAAAUCUCUCCCAACCCUCAAAGGCACAGCUCUUAUGAAUGGAUGCGGAAAACGGUGCAAUCUACUUCCACAGGUAAAACAAGAACAAGAGAGAAGUACCGGGUGGUUUAUACAGAUCAUCAGAGAUUAGAAUUAGAGAAGGAAUUUCAUUACAACAGAUACAUUACUAUCAGGAGGAAGUCUGAACUUGCUGCAAACCUAAGACUUUCCGAGAGACAGGUAAAAAUCUGGUUCCAGAACCGCAGAGCCAAAGAGAGAAAAUUAAUGAAGAAGAAAAUGACUCAUUUUGAUGGCAGCAAUCUCAGCUCUAUGCAGAGUGACUCUGGCUCAGUGAGCCCCAUGCCCGUUCCUGACCCACAGACUCAUUCGGAAAUGUCCAAUUCUUUAUUCCCCCCUCCACCACCUCCACCUCCUCUUUCCAUGAAUGGCUUACAGCACAAUGGCAACCUUCAACAGGUCGUAGCCUCUCAGUAA